UACUUAUUUAUUAGAAAAAGAUACUAAUAAACACAAAAAUCGCACUGUUACCAGUAGCAAUGGAAUAGUUACUUGCCACUAUUGAGAUUUAGAGUGACUAGAAUGAAAUAAAUACUAAUAUAUAAUGAAUAACCAUUGAAUAGAUACUAGUGACCAUUGGAUUUACUUGAUGAUAAUUUAAAAACCGCUAGUAACAUAAUAGUAUGUUUUAAGCAUACAUGUUUAACCGGCUUGCCAUAUUGUUGGCGGUGCGCGUUUCUCGGUCCAUUCAGAAGAUUUGUUAGGGAGUGGUUAGCGCAUGCGCACUCGCAUGGCAACAAGUGGCUUGUCAUUUGUAACAGAAAAAGGAACUGCGGAACGUGGUGUUGACGUCACUGGCCCAGCCAGGUGGCAUUCCGAGAAGCAGAAGAGGCGCAUUCGCCUCCUAGUAACCGUAUAACGGAUCCGAGAGGAGCAGCUCAACAUGUCUUCGGCGCAGGUCUCCUCGUCGAGGAGACAGUCGUGUUAUCUGUGCGACCUGCCGCGCAUGCCGUGGGCAAUGAUUUGGGAUUUUACGGAACCCGUGUGCAGGGGUUGCGUGAACUACGAGGGAGCGGAUCGGAUCGAGUUUGUUAUCGAGACCGCGCGCCAUCUGAAGCGGGCUCAUGGCUUCCAGGAAGGGAGAUCCCCGGGUCCCGCGCCGCCGCCUGCGGUGAAAGCACAAGCGGGGAUGUCAUCCAAGGAGUCGGUUCAGAUGAAUCAUGUGGACGGAUCAUCCAAACAGCAGCAGCAGCAGCAACAACAACAACAGCAGUCCGGCUUGGAACGAUACGCGCUCGGAACCGAGAGAUCGCGCUUUGAUUAUUCCAGCAUCGGCGCGCACAGGCUUCCGAACGGGCUCGGUGGACCGAACGGCUUCCCCAAAUCAGACGACGGACCCCCCGAGCUGAACCGACAGAGCCCUAACUCGCGUCGGAACCACGGGCUGGUGGCUGUGUCGGGGCAGAUGAGCGUGCCGCCGAACCUCCUCCCGCAGACCCUCCUGAACGGCCCACCGUCAGCAGCGAGUAUAGCGCAGCACAGCCUGUCUGGACGAGCCCCUCCAGCCACGACCAGCAUCGGACCUGCGCUCGCGCUCUCCGAGCAAGGUAAAAGACCCGGUUCUGUGUCCAGCACGGACCAAGAGAGAGAUCUGAAAGAGAAGCAGCGUAACGCAGAGGCUCUGGCUGAACUUAGUGAAAGUUUGAGAAACAGGUCAGAGGAUUGGGCAAACAAACCUAAGAUAGUGAGGGACACACUCAUCACACUUUCCAAUUGCACUCCGUUUGAUGUGAGGUUCAAGAAAGAUCAUUCCCUUCUAGGUAGGGUGUUUGCUUUUGAUGCCAUUUCCAAGCCUGGCAUGGACUAUGAACUGAAAAUCUUCAUUGAGUAUCCCAGUGGAUCUGGUAAUGUGUUUUCCAGUGCGUCCGGUGUGGCUAAACAGAUGUAUCAGGACUGCAUGAAAGACUUUGGCAGAGGGCUUUCCUCUGGCUUUAAAUACCUGGAAUAUGAGAAAAAGCACGGCUCUGGUGACUGGAGGCUCCUGGGCGAUUUGCUGCCGGAGUCUGUGCGUUUCUUUAAGGAGGGGCUCGGGGGUGAAAUGCUGCCCCAGCCGUACAUCGACGCCAGCUGCCCUCUGCUGCCCUCGGCGCUGGUCAACAUGCCCCGGGCCGUGGCGUCGGGCAGUGCGCUCAGGACGGGCGUGCGCAAACGCAAAGCCUCCCCCGAACCGGACUCGGCAGAGGGCGAGCAGCAGAGACAGCAGUGGAUGGCGAGUCAAAGCGAGGCGCUCAAACUGACCAUGGGGUCCGGCUCGUUCGCAGCCUCUCACGGCGGACCUCCGCCCCUGGGGUCUGUGCACUCCAGCCGAGCCACCCCACCCGAAUCGGCCCCGCAAAACGGACAGUCCCCCAUGGCUGCGCUCAUGUCGGUCGCAGACACUUUGGGUAACGCACACUCACCAAAGGACAGCAACUCCGUUCACUCCACCACAUCCACCCGACACAACAGUAGCAGCCCGGUCUCCCCCGCUUCGGUGUCCGGACAGCGGCGUUUGGCCUCCCGAAAUGGGGAGAUCAGUCUGACCGGGACGCCUUCCCAAUCGGGUUCACAUCAGGGCAUGGAUCAGGUGCACCCUCAGAACAUUCCAGACUCACCCAUGGCCAAUAACGGACCCUUGUGUUGUACUAUCUGCCACGAACGUUUAGAAGACACACACUUCGUCCAGUGCCCGUCAGUUCCCAACCACAAAUUCUGCUUCCCGUGUUCCCGGGAAAGCAUCAAAGCGCAGGGGGCCACAGGAGAGGUGUACUGCCCCAGCGGAGAGAAAUGUCCCCUGGUAGGGUCAAACGUGCCUUGGGCUUUCAUGCAAGGCGAGAUAGCGACCAUUUUAGCUGGGGAUGUCAAAGUAAAGAAAGAAAGAGACCCUUAAAUAUAAAUAUAUAUGCUUCCUGCAUCAGAAACAGACAAGUGAAACGAGUAUAUUUAAGGUUGUGUCUUAAAACUUGGUGAACUGCCUACCAAGACAACAUUUAUGAACGUUAUAGAUGCAUUUUAAAUGCUCAGAAAUGCUAAGUGUGCAGCACGCUUGGUUUUGAGACGCAGCCUACUUGUUGUGAAUAUUGAAGUAACAGAAAUAGUCCAGUGUACAGAGACAUUUGUUUUCCUCCACGAAGGAGGAGGAUGUGUGCGUGGAAACCUUUUUUACGGCACUUUUACGAUUUACGUUAACGUUUCUAUUCAAUUUCAUACUUAUUUUCCACAUCUACAUGUACAAUCCCAAGCAAAAAAAAAAAAAAAUGUUAUUAAUGAAUACACUUUUUGUGGUAGGUAUAACAAAUGAAGUGAGUCUAAGAGAGGGCAUUCUUUGUUUCUUGAUCCCGUCCUUUUUUUUGUUUGUUUUUUUGUUUUGUUUUUUUAGUAUGAUCUUUAAAACAGCAGUUUUUAAUUUGUAUCCCGUGGUCUGAGAAUACAGAUAUAUUUUAUUACGUGUUUUCAUUCUCUUUUUGCUUUAAAGUUGCACGGACGCUUUAGUAGAGCAAAAAAUACUGUAAAUGAAAAAUGAAAUGCUCUGUUUGUUUAUACAUAUUUCUGUAGUAACAGAAGACUUGUAACGUGCCUUGGAGCUGAGUAAAUUGUAAUAAAUUCAUUGAUAUUAA